AUGGUGAGUAAAGAGCCCGGCAGAUGCCUCCUCGCAGCUCCCGAGAGCGAAGCGGAGCCCGCGGCGUCGCUGGCCCUGGAGAUGCGCUACGCGCUGGACGCCAGCCGGCAGAUCAAGAAGAGGAACAAAGCCCUGCAGGUGCGCUUCAAAGACAUCUGCGAGGCCCAGAGCGAGCACAGGGACCGGCAGCUGAGCUCCGGGCCGCCGGCCGAGCGCAGGGAGGCCAAGGCCGUGUGCUACCGGGCCGCCGCCUACCGCAAGUACAUGACGGUGCCGGCGCGCAGGUCCAUCCCCAACGUGACCCGGAGCACCGGGGUGCAGACGUCGCCGGACCUCAAGAAGUGCUACCAGACCUUCCCGCCCGACCGCAAGAAAGGCAGCGGCGCCAAGAGCCACGACAACGGCUUCCUGAUCGACGUCCAGGACCCGAGCGAGGGGAGGGCCUCGGGGGAGGCGGCUCCGGGCGGCCCCGCCCACCCCCACGCCCACACCAACAAUGUGGAGCGCUCCCCCAGCGACUCCUGCUCCGAGCCCUGUAAGAGCCCCGCGGGGGACAGCUGCGGCACAGGCCGUCCCCUCCACAACUCCCCCGAGCCCGCCCCCGGGGAGGCCGAUGACCAGCCCGAUGACAAAGCCAGGCCGGACGCCGAGGACGCCCAUCCGUCCACACAAGGCAGAGUGUUCAAGACCGAAGUGGCGGCCCUUUACUUACCCGCGUCGGGCUCGGCGGCGGAGAGCGAGUGGUCCCUGUGCCCCGCCGCCGAGGACGAGAAAAGGAGGACUGGCCACCUGAACGGGCUGCACCCGCAGGCAGAGAGCGCCCAGGCCUGCCCGGCGCAGUGCCUCGAGCAGCCCCUCCAGAGAAACGUGUCGCCCACGUCGGCAGCAGCGGCGGACGAGCACCCGCCCUGCCGGACGGCUGUGGCGCUGAGUGGGGAAUGCCGGGAAAUCGUGCCUCACACCGAAGUGGUGGACCUGAAGGCGCAGCUUCAGGUGAUGGAGAACCUGAUCAGCUCCAGCCAGGAGACCAUCAAAGUGCUGCUGGGCGUGAUCCAGGAGCUGGAAAAGGGCGAGGCUCAUCGGGAAGGGCUUUCCUACAGGACUGGCCAGGACACGGCCAACUGCGCAACGUGCAGGAACAGCGCCUGCAUCAUCUACAGUGUGGAACUGGACUUCAAGCAGCAGGAGGACAAGCUGCAGCCCGUCCUGAGACGCCUGCACCCCACCGAAGAAGCUCAGGUCGCACCCUUGCCUUACUCGCCGGAGACCUACUCCGCCACGCCCAAGCAAAAACCCAAACCGGAAGCCAAGAAGCACGGAAGAUGGAGGCUCUGGUUCCUCUAAGAGGCGCCCGGAGCCCCAGGGCCGCCGCCUGGGAGGCGCUGGGGAGGCCCUGCCUCAAAGGUUCCGAACCCGUGGAGCGGGCCGCCGUGGGGCCGCACCCAUCUCACCACGCUUACCAAAAAGGCCUUUUUCCUGAACAGACGACGAAAUGGAAGCGAGGGACUCGCCGAGACCUUGCCGCUGCUCUGCGGGGCCCGAGGGCGCAGAGGCGGAGGCCCUCCCC